AUGCGUUUCAACAUUGCUUCAUUCGUCCUUUUAGCCUCCUUCGUGGUCGCAAUCAAUGCAAAGAAUGACAUCAACCGUGUCAGAAUUGCCCGUCGCUCUGACUUAGGUAGUCAACGAAGCAAUUUACUUCCUCGACAAGAUGAUCCAAGUACUUCAUCAACAGCUGCCCCUGCAACUUCUGCAACUGAUGGUGCUACUGAUGCUGCUUCCGGUGCCGCAAGUGAUGCAACUUCCGCUGCCAGCAGUGCCGCUUCUUCUGCCGCUGGUGAUGCAGCUGCUGCCGCUCCUCCAACACCAAAAUGGAACCCGAGUGCAAGUGCUGAUUGCACUUACAACAGUGACGGUUGCCUUACCCAAGCUUCCGCUCAUGGAUGCCCAAUUCAAAUUCAACCUCCAUCAAAUGGUAAAGGAACGACAUGCUCAACUGGCGGCGGUAACAACCGCAAACGUCUUUUCAGUUUCCCAAAUCAAUUGCUCAAUCUUGACAUUCUCAACUGUGACACACUUUGCAUUCUCAGUGAUUGCCCAGCUCAACAAAGCUGCUCAGUUCAGUCAUCAGAUGGUUCAUUCAUCAAUGUUCAAGCUUUGAACUGUGACAACCUUUACAUCUUGAGCAGUGCAAGCAAGUAA